GUUUUUCAACAUCGUGUCGUGAAGAUCUGGUCGUACAUUUGAGUGAACAUUGGAACAACAAUGAUUUGCGCUGCAAACUAUGCAGCUAUGUGGGUCGGGACCUCGCAGAAUUGUUUGGACAUAGAUCAGUUCAUCAACCUUACGUAUUUUUUUCAAAAUCAUCAAAUAGAAUCUGCCAUAUUUGCGACAAAACUAACUCAACUAUCAAGACUCAGCAGUUUCACUAUAGAUCAGUGCAUUUAAAAAAAGAUGGCGGACUAUGUUCCGUAUGUCAAAAAACUUUCCGAUCGUACACAGCCUGGAGAAAUCACGAAAGACUUCACAAAGAAGGCAAAUACAUCUGUGAUCUUUGUGGGAAUAAGUUUCUAUUUAGGAGUAUGAUUGAGACGCAUAUGGCAGAACAUGCAAAUGUAAGAGACAAUGUAUGUCACAUAUGUGGAAAAGCAUUCAAAAGAGCAUCUUAUUUAAAGGUACACUUUAACACAGUUCACAUAAAAGAGCCAGUGAAAUGUACACACUGCAAUAAAACUUUCAAAUCGCCGGCGUCCUUGAAGGACCAUCUGAACUACGUGAACAAAGAGAAAAAGUUCCAAUGCGAUAUUUGCUUCAAAUAUUUCGUAUCUGAACUUUCACUAAAGAAGCAUAAGUUCUGGCACACUGAGAUGAGACCAUUUAGCUGCAAAGACUGCGGUAUUAAAUACAAGGCGAAGUCGUAUUUAAAGAUACAUAUGAGAAAGCAUACGGGUCAGAGGCCGUACACUUGCGAUCAGUGUGACAAAUGUUUUCCCACAACAAUGCAGUUAAAACGACAUAGAAUGGUACACACUGGAGAACGACCGCACAAAUGUAAAAACUGCAACCAAUCUUUCUAUUAUAAAAAACAAUUGUUACGUCAUAUAGGUUUAAAGCACAAAGAUGAAGAGAAACCAAAAAUUAAUCAACUCUAGUACUAGUAAACCUCAAGUAGUGAUGGGCCGGCCAUAUUGCCUUCAGUCCGAACAGCCGAUGGGGCCGCAAAGUACUGGAAUG